CCUACAAUGCGUUAUUUAAUUCUUUUAUUGAGUGUCACGCUUGUUCAGUGUGUAUACCAACAGACUCCAUUUAAUAGUGUACAAGAGCAGCAGCAAUUAGAAGAAGAACUUUACCAUGCUUUUACUUCAUUCUUAGACCCACAAGAUCCCGACGAUGCAGAAAAGAAUUGCGAUUCCUGUCUUUCCAUGCUACGCAUGACGAAGCGAUUUUGCUAUUUUCCUGAAAGAAUUCAACUGGCAGCCAUGACAAAUAUCUGUAAAAGAAGUAAACAAGUCGACAACCAAGUGUGUGAAGGUAUUGUUCGGGAACAAGGGCCCGUCAUUCGCAAUGUUUUAAGAACUAUGGAUAUUUCUGGCCGUGAUGGACAUCUUGCAUGUGCGUCUGUGCUUAAUUCAUGCCCUUAUCCCGAUGUCAUCCCUUGGGAUGUUCCUUUCCCAAAACCAAAACCAAGAUAUCCCUAUACUAAAAAGCCAAGCUAUCGGUCAAUGAAUGUGCUCCAUCUUAGUGAUUGGCAUGUGGAUCCUGAAUAUGAGGAGGGAACAGAAACACAGUGCAGUAAGCCCAUAUGUUGCAGAAAAUCAUCAACCGGUGAUUCAGUCCUAAUUAGUGCUUCAAAAUGGGGAGCAUAUGAAUGCGACUCGCCUUUAACAUUGAUUGAAUCCAUGCUAGAAUACAUACCCAAGGCUGUACCCAACAUCACAUUUGGUAUUUUAACAGGUGACAUCCCACCCCACGAAGUGUGGAGUACGUUACCAAUUUCAAAGACACAGAUGAUACAAGAUGCGUCAUAUGCACUUUUGCAUGCACAUUUUGAUUCGCCCUUCUUCAUCAACUCCAGACUCUAUCCGGCUAUUGGCAAUCAUGAGUCUGCACCCACCAAUCUGUUUCCUUUGAAAGAAUCUCAUUUACCCGGUGGAAAAUCCCGCCAGGACUUUGCCAUGCAUUGGCUUUACCUUGCCAUGCAAGAAAACUGGAAAGGAUGGAUUGAUAAAGUGCAUUUGCCAAGUGUACACGGGAACAGUGGUAGUUAUAUCAGCUAUCCAGUUUCAGGGUUAAAGUUAAUCAGUAUGAAUACGAAUUUUUGUUACAACUUAAAUUGGUGGUUACAUCAAAGUCCUGUUCAAAGGGAUCCAAAUGGUAUACUGGCUUGGUUGAUUGGUCAUCUACAACAAUCCGAAGAUGCAAGGGAAAAAGUCUGGAUAAUUGGUCAUACACCACCUGGUGAUUCGGCUUGCUUUCAUGAUUAUUCAAAUUAUUUUUAUCAGAUCGUGAAUAGAUAUGCUCCCCAUGUCAUUGCAGCUCAAUUUUAUGGACAUACACACAGGGACGAAUUCCAGUUGUUUUAUAAAGGCGAUUCUCAAGAAGCAGAAGAUGCCAUCUCGGUAGCUUAUAUAGCUCCAUCCAUCACACCUUAUCCUGACUUAAAUCCCGGGUUCCGGAGCUAUUCCGUUGAUACUGGUAGUUUCGAAGUGAUUGAUUCACAUACCUUUAUUGCUGACUUAAAUCGCUCGAUUUUAUGGGACCUAGAGCUGAAUUGGCACAAGGAGUAUUCUGCUAAAGAUCUAUACGAAACCUUCGAUAACGAAUAUCAACCGUUAUCUCCAUCAUGGUGGCAUAGAGUUACACAAUAUAUGGAACUGGAUGACAAGUUAUUUGACAAGUUUUGGAUAAACCGAUAUAAACAAUCGCCAUUUACACCAGUGUGUGAUAAGGAUUGCAAAGUAAAUACUAUCUGCACUAUGCGUGCUGGAAAAUCUGAAUACAGAUGCGAUUACGUGCCUGAAUUACCAACCGGUAGACCUGUCAUAUUAAAUUCUAAAGAGGAAGAGGCGUGUGGCAUACAAUUGAUUAAAAAGAAUUACCCUAAUUAAUAAAAAAACAUCCAAGGGAUUAUAUAUCACGAGGAAAACAAAUGUUUAUAAGUCCCAUCUAGUGUGCGAUAUCACAAAAUAGAGCCGAAAUUUUAAAAAAAAAUAAGAUGAUGGUAUACAG